AUGAGCAUUCCUGAUAAUGCGAAGGAGUUAUAUGUGAACUUUCUUCAAGAGGAAGUAAAUGAAAGAACCGCCGCUCACCAAGAAAAGCUGGUGAUGGUCCUUAACCGAGCGCUUUUCGCCUUAAAACAAUACCAAGAAUGCCUCCAUCAUCCUAAAGAUUUGCUAAAAGUCAAAGGCAUAGGUCAGACGACGAUGAACAAACUCUCGAAAAAGCUAAAAGAGUAUUGCGAUAAAAAUGGACUUUUAUUCCCGGAAGAAACAAAUGCUCCUGAGGAUACCCAAAACUCAACGCAAACCGAUAGCAAUUCAACCGUUACACAAAGAUCAAGAGUAAGAACUUUAGAACCAGUAGAUGAUGAAAGCCAAAACAGAAGGAAGCGAAGGAAGAAGCAAUACAUACCUCGAAACAGAAGUGGAGGAUUCGGAAUAUUACUAGGAUUGUUAGAACUUGGCUGCGACAGAGAUGGCAUGACGUGUACGCGCAGACAACUGAUAAAAGAAGCAGCUAAAUACUGUGAUCAAAGCUAUGAGAAAAAUCCAUCUACAAAGGAAUUUUACAGCGCGUGGAACUCAAUCAAAUCGUUAAAAAGUAAUAAUUUAGUCGUGGAGCAAGGCAGACCAUUGCAGUACAGCCUCACGGAAGAGGGUAAAAUACUGGCAGAAAGUUUAAAGUCGGCAAAUGAUAUAAAUUUUGAUCCAUCUAGUGCUUACGAACGGAGGAAAAGUAGGCACGAAGCCGGAAAUACGUCAUUGAUGACUGACGACGAGCUUAUGAACUCGGUAAAUUAUAGCAAUUUAAUGAAUAAUGCCAAUAUUUCUGCAGACAAGAGUUUAGAUUCGUCAAGAUUAUUUUUGGAUGCCACAAUUCAAUCUAGUAGAAUAGAAGGAAACACGGAAUCUGAACACGUGCCAAUUAGUUCAACGCCAGUGGCAGCUGAGCAGGGAUCAAAGGGCCGUUGGAAAGGUGUGAAAUACGAACUAUGGAAACCCGGCACCUAUGAUGUAAUCCUCUACAUUGAUCACAGAGAAGUCAGGUCAAAAGAUGAUAGAGGAUUCUUUCUUCGAAAGCUUUCCCAGAAGGGAAUAAAAGCAGAAUCAGCAAGUUUAACCAUAGGUGAUAUGAUAUGGCUUGCUAAGCAUAAAAAGAGCGGAAAACAAUGUGCAUUAAAUUUCAUUGUAGAACGUAAACGUUUGGAUGAUUUAGUUAUUAGUAUUCGGGAUAAUAGAUUUGCAGAACAAAAGAAUAGGCUCCAAAAAACUGGAUGCAAGCACAUUUUUUAUCUUGUUGAAGAGACUACAGGGGCCAAUGUUAGUGAUAGCGCAGAAAUGAUGAAAACUAGUAUAUGGACUACUGUUAUUUACAACGACUUUCAUAUCAAAAGGACGAGGAAUGCAGAUACUACUGUACAAUGGCUUACUGAUAUGUCGCUAAUAAUUAGCAAUCUAUAUUCGAAGAAGUCGCUUGUGGUUAUAAAUCAUGACAAUAUAACCAAUCAAGACAUAUACCUAACUUCGCUAAAGUUGUUUCGUAAGGAGUUUGAAAGAAACAAAGAGAUCGAAUGUUGUCAUAACUACGAGUCCAUGCAAUCUGCGAUGGUGAAGACGAAUUUGAUGACGGUGAAAGAGCUUUAUUUACGAGCGUUAAUGUCAGUCAAGGGUAUAUCACUUGAAAAGGCAUUGAUGAUACAAUCUAGAUAUCCUACUUUCAAGUCACUUUUAAAGGCAUUUAGGAACUGUCAAACGGAAUCUGAUGGGAAGCUACUAAUCCAGCAUGAAUUACGAGAUGCUCCAGGUAAUCGAAAAAUUGGCAAGACAUUAUCCAAUAUACUGUGGGAAACCUUUGGUAAAAUGUAA